AGGGGACAAGUCGUUAUUAAUAAACAAGUUAUUGUGUGGUGUUCCAUUUACAGAACUCUCAGAGGACAUGGUGGGCUUGAGAUAAUAAAGCCCUGUUUAUGUUACACAGGGCUGGAGAGUGGCAAGUGGGAGCGGCAAAGAGCAGGGGCCGCCAGGAAUGAUUUUGAUUCCUCCUGGGGUAGGGCUGCUGUCUUCGCUCUGUAGAAGGCCAGCACUCGGGGAAGAGGGGCUAGCUAGGGUUCUACUCAGGCUCGAUUUUGCUCCUUCGGAUGGCCUAGGGCCUAAGAAAGGCUAGCUUUCAGCAUCAACGUGUCCCUAAGGAAGGCACCCACCAGUGGAGACUCCGGACAAGCCAGGAGAGGUUGACUGACUUAUGUGCGAUUUGGGAGCCUGGAGUUUUCUUGCCCUCUGCCGCUGCCGUCAACCGGAGCAGAGCCUCCGCUGGUGUUGCGAAAAGCAGGCCGAAUGAGGCAGAGAAGCUGAGCACUGUCUGGAAAGCCCACGAGGAACGGCGCAAGGCAUCGAGAGCCCGUGGGCUGGGCAGUGCGGAGCAGGGCCUGGCGCUGAGGAUGGCCAGGCAGCAGGCGCCACCCUGGGUCCACGUAGCCCUCAUCCUCUUCCUCCUCAGCCUCGGAGGGGCCAUUGAGAUUCCGAUGGAUCCAAGCAUUCAGAAUGAGCUGACCCAACCCCCAACGAUCACCAAGCAGUCGGUGAAGGACCACAUCGUGGACCCCCGAGAUAACAUCCUGAUUGAAUGUGAAGCUAAAGGGAACCCCGCCCCCAGUUUCCACUGGACUCGCAACAGCAGGUUCUUCAACAUUGCCAAGGACCCACGGGUGUCCAUGAGGAGGAGGUCUGGGACCUUGGUGAUCGACUUCCGCAGUGGUGGGCGGCCUGAGGAGUACGAAGGGGAGUACCAGUGCUUUGCCCGGAACAAAUUCGGCACAGCUCUUAGCAACCGCAUCCGCCUGCAGGUGUCCAAAUCUCCCCUGUGGCCCAAGGAAAACCUAGACCCCGUCGUGGUUCAAGAGGGUGCCCCCUUAACCCUGCAGUGCAACCCCCCACCUGGCCUCCCAUCCCCCGUCAUCUUCUGGAUGAGCAGCUCCAUGGAGCCCAUCACCCAGGACAAGCGUGUCUCCCAGGGUCACAACGGGGACCUGUACUUCUCCAACGUCAUGCUGCAGGACAUGCAGACCGACUACAGCUGCAAUGCACGCUUCCACUUCACCCACACCAUUCAGCAGAAGAAUCCCUUCACCCUCAAAGUCCUCACCAACAACCCCUAUAAUGACUCGUCCUUAAGAAACCACCCUGACAUAUAUAGUGCCCGAGGAGUUGCGGAAAGAACACCUAGCUUCAUGUAUCCCCAGGGCACGUCAAGCAGUCAGAUGGUACUGCGCGGCAUGGACCUGCUGCUGGAGUGCAUUGCCUCUGGGGUCCCAACACCAGAUAUUGCAUGGUACAAGAAAGGUGGGGACCUCCCAUCUGACAAGGCCAAGUUCGAGAAUUUUAACAAGGCUCUGCGCAUCACCAAUGUCUCUGAAGAGGACUCUGGGGAGUAUUUCUGCCUGGCCUCCAACAAGAUGGGCAGCAUCCGGCACACGAUCUCGGUGAGAGUAAAGGCUGCCCCAUACUGGCUGGAUGAGCCCAAGAACUUGAUCCUGGCUCCUGGUGAAGAUGGGAGGCUGGUGUGUCGAGCCAAUGGGAACCCGAAGCCGACCGUCCAGUGGCUGGUGAAUGGAGACCCUUUGCAAUCGGCACCACCCAACCCCAACCGUGAGGUGGCCGGAGACACUAUCAUCUUCCGGGACACUCAGAUCAGCAGCAGGGCAGUGUACCAGUGUAACACAUCCAACGAACAUGGCUACCUGCUGGCCAAUGCCUUCGUCAGCGUAUUAGAUGUACCCCCUCGGAUGCUGUCUCCCCGGAACCAGCUCAUCAGGGUGAUCCUUUACAACCGGACGCGACUGGACUGUCCGUUCUUUGGGUCUCCCAUUCCAACACUCCGAUGGUUUAAGAAUGGGCAAGGAAGCAACCUGGAUGGUGGUAACUACCACGUCUACGAAAAUGGCAGCCUGGAAAUCAAGAUGAUUCGCAAAGAGGACCAAGGCAUCUACACCUGUGUGGCCACCAACAUCCUGGGAAAAGCUGAAAAUCAAGUCCGCCUGGAGGUCAAAGACCCCACCAGGAUCUACAGGAUGCCUGAAGACCAGGUGGCCAAGAGGGGCACCACAGUGCAGCUGGAGUGCCGUGUGAAGCAUGACCCCUCCUUGAAACUCACAGUCUCCUGGCUGAAGGAUGACGAGCCACUCUACAUUGGAAACAGGAUGAAAAAGGAAGAUGACUCCCUGACCAUCUUCGGAGUGGCAGAGCGGGACCAAGGCAGUUACACGUGCAUGGCCAGCACCGAGCUGGACCAGGACCUGGCAAAGGCCUACCUCACUGUUCUAGCUGAUCAGGCCACUCCGACUAACCGUUUGGCUGCCCUGCCCAAAGGGCGGCCAGACCGACCCAGGGACCUGGAGCUCACUGACCUGGCGGAAAGGAGUGUGAGGCUGACCUGGAUCCCGGGGGAUGAUAACAACAGUCCCAUCACAGACUACGUUGUCCAGUUUGAAGAGGACCAGUUCCAGCCAGGAGUCUGGCAUGACCACUCCAAGUUCCCAGGCAGUGUCAACUCAGCCGUCCUCCAUCUGUCCCCGUAUGUCAACUAUCAGUUCCGAGUCAUCGCUGUCAACGAGGUUGGGAGCAGCCACCCCAGCCUUCCAUCCGAGCGGUACCGAACAAGCGGGGCACCCCCUGAAUCCAACCCCAGUGAUGUGAAGGGCGAAGGGACACGAAAAAACAAUAUGGAGAUCACAUGGACGCCUAUGAAUGCUACCUCCGCCUUUGGCCCCAACCUGCGCUACAUUGUCAAGUGGCGACGGAGAGAAACCCGAGAGACUUGGAACAAUGUCACCGUGUGGGGCUCUCGCUAUGUGGUGGGGCAGACCCCUGUCUACGUACCCUAUGAGAUCCGAGUCCAGGCUGAAAAUGACUUUGGGAAAGGCCCGGAGCCUGAAACCGUCAUUGGGUACUCGGGGGAAGAUUAUCCCAGGGCUGCACCCACUGAAGUUAAAAUCCGAGUCCUGAACAGCACAGCCAUCAGCCUUCAGUGGAACCGCGUCUACUCUGACACGGUCCAGGGCCAGCUCAGAGAGUAUCGAGCUUACUACUGGAGGGAAAGCAGUUUGCUGAAGAACCUGUGGGUGUCUCAGAAGAGACAGCAGGCCAGCUUCCCUGGCGACCGCCCCCGGGGCGUGGUGGGUCGCCUGUUCCCCUACAGUAACUACAAGCUGGAGAUGGUUGUGGUCAAUGGGAGAGGUGAUGGGCCUCGAAGUGAAACCAAGGAAUUCACCACCCCGGAAGGAGUACCCAGUGCCCCCAGGCGUUUCAGAGUCCGACAGCCCAACCUGGAGACCAUCAACCUGGAAUGGGAUCACCCAGAGCACCCCAACGGGAUCCUGAUUGGAUACACGCUCAGAUACGUGCCCUUUAAUGGAACCAAACUGGGAAAGCAGAUGGUGGAAAACUUCUCUCCCAAUCAGACCAAGUUCUCGGUGCAGAGAGCAGACCCCGUGUCCCGUUACCGCUUCUCCCUCAGUGCCAGGACGCAGGUGGGCUCUGGAGAAGCAGCCACGGAGGAGUCCCCAACACCUCCAAAUGAAGCUACUCCAACUGCAGCUCCUCCCACAUUGCCCCCGACUACCGUGGGUACCACAGGCCUUGUGAGCAGUACUGAUGCUACUGCCCUUGCUGCCACCAGUGAAGCCACAACAGUUCCCAUCAUCCCAACCGUCGUACCUACCACCGUCGCCACCACCAUUGCCACAACUACUACAACCACUGCCGCCGCCACCACCACUACCACCACGGAGAGUCCUCCCACUACCACCACUGGGACUAAGAUUCACGAAACCGCCCCCGACGAGCAGUCCAUUUGGAACGUCACGGUGCUCCCCAACAGUAAAUGGGCCAACAUCACCUGGAAGCACAAUUUCAGGCCUGGAACUGACUUUGUGGUUGAGUACAUCGACAGCAACCAUACGAAAAAAACUGUCCCUGUUAAGGCCCAAGCCCAGCCCAUACAGCUGACAGACCUCUUUCCCGGGAUGACGUACACGUUGCGGGUGUAUUCCCGGGACAACGAGGGCAUCAGCAGUACCGUCAUCACCUUUAUGACCAGUACAGCUUACACCAACAACCAGACUGACAUCGCCACCCAGGGCUGGUUCAUCGGGCUCAUGUGUGCCAUUGCCCUUCUGGUGCUGAUCCUGCUUAUCGUCUGCUUCAUCAAGAGGAGUCGUGGCGGCAAGUACCCAGUGCGAGAAAAGAAGGAUGUCCCCUUGGGCCCUGAAGACCCCAAAGAAGAAGAUGGUUCAUUUGACUACAGUGACGAGGACAACAAGCCCCUGCAGGGCAGCCAGACAUCUCUGGACGGCACCAUCAAGCAGCAGGAGAGUGACGACAGCCUAGUGGACUACGGCGAGGGUGGCGAGGGCCAGUUCAACGAAGAUGGCUCCUUUAUUGGCCAGUACACUGUCAGAAAGGACAAGGAGGAGACCGAGGGCAAUGAGAGCUCAGAGGCCACAUCUCCAGUCAAUGCCAUCUAUUCCCUGGCCUGAUGGAGCAUCCCAGGCACAGCACUACUUUGCAAGUAGGAGGGGAGAGGGGAGAGGAAGCCACUGCAGACCUGCCACCAAGCCACAACCACCUUCAGGGACAAGGGUACAACAUGGGGGUCUGCCAAGCUGUGAGGACCAGUGACCACCCAGCUACCCACACCCCCUCCUAGUGAUGCCCCAUUACCCUUGGGUGCCAUUAGAUGGGAAAGCUGAAGUUAACGCUCAUUGGAGGGAGCCCUAGUCCCUUGCCCUGUCUCACGGCCACCCUGAGCGUCCCACCACAAUGGCCACCCUGGAUCUCGGCUCACACUCACUUCUUUCUAUUGCUUACAAUAUUCUCAUUCAUGUUCUCUCUCUCUCUCUCUCUCUCUCUCUCUCUCUCUCUCUCUCUCUCUUUGCUUUGUGCAUCUUCUCCUUCCAAGUCAUUGUCUCCAUUUUCUUUUACUUUUGGGGAGAAAAAAAGUCCCCGGAAAAAGCAGAAGUGGGCUCUCCCCAAGGAAACAGAAUGAUGAGCAUAAAAGGAUUGAUCCGUAACGCAACGUGCAGAGAGGCUGUAGUAUUCAAGCUGCCACGAGGCAGCGUGUUUCCGAAGGAUGCCUUUCGCCAUAUGCCUCCCCCACCCCCACUCCCCACCCAUCUGUCUCGGCCGCAUCCAUGCUGAGCUGGGCUUGGCUCUUUUCUGGAAAAAUGACAGUGUUUUUGGCAGGAAGAGGUUGAACGGGACUCCUUUCCACGUCCUGCUCCGGUUGGGAGGGGGGCUUACCUCUCGCCUCCUGGUUCUUACUCUGCCCCUGCCACCAGAGAGUCUGUGCAGGAGCUGCUCCGAAGAUGAGAAAGGACUAGAGACCGAUGAGGACUGUGGCGACCGGACCCCAAGAAAGAAGCAAGUCAGGGUGUGGUCCCUGGGUAGUGGAGCAAACCUCCGGAGAAGAGGAAGGGCUGGGUUUGGGCCUCUUUUGUCUCUGGCAGUGAAACCCAGGGUGAAGGAGAGAGGACCACACCUGCUCCACCUGGUCAGGGUCUAUGCUGCUACUACCCUCCAAGAGCUGGAGCCCUGUGAUUCAGGAGCGUGACUGGUGUGUCUGGGGGCAACAGUGCUGCUCCCCCUCCCGUCCUCUCUUGCUCAAUUGUGUCUGACAUUGACUUGUGUUUGACAUGGUAUAUGAAUGGGGAUCUGCCGCCCCCAGACUGAGCCUAUCUGUCCUUUCAUUAGGGUACACUUACAUAUCGGGGGACCAUGAGGUGCACCCUACUAACAGUGCUGUGAUGCCCCUGCCCAGAAGGACAAAAGCCCUUUGUAUGCCUUACACAGCUCGGAUCUAACCCUGCAGCUCCCAGAUCCCUAGCCCUAUUCUGCAAGUCUUGAUGCCUCCAGUGAUGUGUGUCUCGGGACCAGGGCAGCCUAUGCAAGUGUCCCCCCCACCCCCCAGGACCAGGAGCAGCCACUCCACACACACCCUUACCCCUCUCUGCCCCAACGGAGACACUCGCAGACCUGCAGUUCUCAGCCUGAAGGUGCUGCCUUCAUUUCCCCACCUAACCCACUUUUGAAACCAAAGGUACCUUGCCUCAGCGACACAAAGAGAUGGGAGGUCUUGAGCCAGAAUGCCGCUCUGUAGCUGUGUCUGCAGCCUGAGGUGGUUGUGGGAGGGGCAAGGUUGACCGCAGCGAAUGGAUCACCUGCCUUUGGCGUGGCCUCCAACUCCAGGUACUAGCUAGGGGCCUGGGCAGGACCAGCCCUGCGCGUUCUAGAGACUUUUCAAGAGCGUCAUUUGCCAUAUGUCUGAGCCGCAGAGGUAUUAACAAUGCUCGCAUCACUUGAUAAGCAUUUGGGUGAACAUCAAGCCCAUAGGCACGCACUCUUUGCAGGUAAGAAAUCAUAUCUCAGAGAUGAGCCGAUAAUGUUUGAACCUGAGAGUGUGUCAUGGUCCUUUGGACCAACCCAUGGCCAGCACUGCUGCCCAGGGACAACUCUCAUGGUGAAAGGGGACAGGGUAAACAGGAAGGCUGGGGGUAGGGGCGGGUGUGUGCUCAGGGUCCCCUUCCCUGGCUCUAAUCUAGCACUUCUGGGGCACAGCUGGGCAUUACUGCAGUGUGGGUCACCAUUCCUGAAGGGAGGGUUCGGGGAAAAUAGCUGAAGUAAAGGCUCAUCCUUUCCAGAAAACACUUCGGACCUGGACGAAGUGGUCGGCUUCUCAGGCGACAUUUCCACAGCACCCUCCAGCUCGUAAACCCAUUGCACCAACAGCAGGCUGUUAGAGGAAGGGACUCUGCUGUCAUUGCAGCUGGGGAGGGCUGCUUUGGUCUUAAGGGUCUGGGAGAGAGUUAAAUCCUUAGGCUGUCUUUGUGCCUCAUUCCAGAGUUCUGUCGUGCUCAGCACUGUCCCCUGCCUAGGAAGAAAAGUCCGUCAGUCAGUCCCUCCCUCAGGCUGUUGUGUUGUGGGUGCUGAUCGCUGUCCCAACCACAGCAGAUCACAGCUCUCCUGGCAGGGACAGACCGAGGGCCGGAGAACCAGAGAAAUGGCAGGUGCCCAGACAGAGCAGGCUCAGCGGUGUGAGGUUUCCAGGAGGCAACUCUUUCCAGGGAGGGGAGAGGUCACUUUCACAGAGCCUGCCAGAGUCUAUCCCCCAACUCAGCGAGAGGACCGGUAUUGCCACCCCUGCCCCUGGAGCUUAAGCAGCCGCCCAACGUGAUACCUGAUCCUGCUAGUGCUUCAUCUGUCGGGUGGGAGCAGGGGGACGGUGUGGGUCAUAGUGCAGGGAUUCUGAGUGCCCUUUGAGCGUCUAGUCUGGGCCAAAGCUUAAACCAUGAACACCAUGUGAACGAGUGAGGUCAGAUGCAAUCCCUGCCCACACAGGGCCGAUGUUACUGGAAUGGAGUAGGUGAGUUGCCGGCACAGCGCGACCAUUCAGUUGGAAGCAUUGAGUUCUUGUUUGCCUAGACUGCUGAUUGCUUCCAAGGGAGAACUUGCUGCAUUGGGCCAGCAAAUCUGAUGGUCAAGAUGAAUGGAUUCAGCAGCCAGCGCUGUGCUUCUUUAGGGUGUCUGUCUCCCACAUUUAACCCCUUCCUUGAAUACUCCUGUUUGGAGGAGAAUAGGAGUACCCGUCAGGAUCAGCCGUCCCCCAUCCCACCCGGACUACGCUAAACAGGACACAUCAGUCUCUCUGCUGAGUUAACACUAGAGGGAGGGAAAGCCAGGCUGGCUCCUGCCCUUGCCUAGUUUCUCCUUCCCAGAGGUCAGUGUAGGAGGGACCACCCCUCCCGACAAGGUCUGGAAUGAUUCCUGGGCCAAGAGUCAGCCAGUGAGGGACUCAGCUUACCGUAAUCUCAAGGGGAAUAAGAGAACGUGUUCCUGGUUUCCCUAAACACAGUCAGCAUUGAGAAGGGAGGGGAAACGUCCGUGGGUGGUUGUGGGCACAACCUCCCCAUCCACCAUAUGCCUGUGCAUACACCCUCACACAAGCAGACCCUGUUGCAGAGCGGUGCUCCCAGUAGGGAGCAUUCUGGAUCAUGAUGUCAUCUCACAGCAUGAGUAUCCAUACAUACCUCGGUGCACAUGAGAUGAGCUGCUAACAGCUGGGGGAGGGGGGCCUAGGGGAGGGAGAAGCUAUCCAGAUUAGUCCUUAUGGUUCCUAGGAACAGAAGGUAGAAAAGAGAUCUGAAGGAGGGAUAAACAGGUCUUUGAGUCUCCUGGCCUCUCCUGGGAGCCCUCAGCUAAGCUCGGCUGUCCUAGAGCCUCUUGAUGGGGAAGCAAGGUUUUCUUGCUAUUUAUGGGAGCUGUUUCAUUGUUGCUCUGAGGACAUGACGCUUCUCGGUCCCUCCAUGGUCUAGGACUGAGACCCACACUCACUUCUCAGUAGAAGGAGAGCAGGUUGCUAGAAUGCCAGCCGCCCAGAGUCCGUACCUCAUCUGUGUCACUUCAGAGUGGGGUGUCCUCCAACGAAGGCCAGCAGGCUCUGCCCAACGCAAGCCCACGGCCAGGAUUAGGUCCAACCGUUAGCCAGGCCACAGUGCUGUCUUUCUAGUGAAGCAAAAGUCCUUACAUGAAUUUCACACGAUAGUCUAGGAAUCCCAUGUAGGCAGUUCCCACUCCAAAACAAGAAGUCUCAAGCCAGUUACAGAGAAUGUGGACUGUCAGGGGCUUCGAUGCCCUGGGGAACACUGGCAGCUUGGGCAGAGUGUCUCCCCAACUCAAUGCCUGAAACCAGACCCAUGGCUGUCCCCGCCCUGCACAACCUCAGCCCAGAAAAGUGCCCUUGCACUGCUUCCUCUUCUCAGAAGGGGACUCUCAGAGACGCAUUCAGGAGAGGACAGAGAAGGACAUGUGCCCGGGGAAGCUGCAAGACCCCCCCCCCCCCAGCUAUCUCCAGCCAUGGCGGAAACCAUUGUUUCUCUUAUCAGCGAGUUAGUAUUAAAAGGCUGCUGUCUGAGAAGGGAGAUGGAGAUGAAACAGACACAAGGCGUCUAGCUCAGGACGGAAUCUGAGUCCUCGUGUGCAGGAACCUCAGAGCUGAUGUGUUUAAAAUGACUCAUUCUACAGACGGGGGAAUGACAGUGCAGGGAGGAAGUCUGGCCAGGGAGGGUGCAUUUAGGACUUGAACUUGGGCCCUUCUGGGCCUUCUGACUCCGUGUCCAGUGUUCUUUCUUCUCACCACAGCUGCCUCAGCAGGUGUUGCCUGAGAUCCAUCCUGCUUGUCACCCUGUCACCUCUCUCUACCAUUUCACUUAUGUUUCCAGCACCCCCCAGCAAACAACAAAGAGGCAUUUCCUGAGUCUGAGAUCAGCCAGUCUGUGAUAGCCUGUGGUUAACUUAGCCAGGGAGUCCCAGGUAGCCCAAUGCUGGAAGGUAGAAUGAUGACCCCAUAGGUGUUUGUUACUGUGAAACCUGGACUGGGCCCGGGGAUGGUGUCUCUUGAUUCAUCAUGCGCCUGGCCCUCAGCACACUGUAUUCCUCAGAAGGGAGGGUGAGGAGGGGCUUCUUUGUCCAUUCUGCCCUUGACCGCCAAGUCUGCAGGUGUUGAGGGGUAGCAGGGCCCGGGCAAGCCUCCCACCCUGGGAUCUGCCGAGCUGGAGUUUAGCAGACAUAAAGACUUCUAUGAAGCAAUAAACACAAAAGUCUGGGAGAAGAUAUCCAGAGUUUUGUGCGAUCCUGUUUCUUUUUCAAAGCUGUAGCAGCAGAUCAGGUGACCCUGACCUGCUUGCUCCUCUAUCCAAUGUGAUGUCCUCAGUCAGUGUUUGCCCUCUACCCGGCUUCCCAGCUCUUUGCCAACUUCUUCUGAGCUGAGUUAUCAGUCACCUGUGACACGCCCGCUCUCUGUCCUGGUCCCGCCCUCAACUAUGGUGGAUCCUGGAGGACCUCUUACCCCUCCCUUCCCCGACAUAUGCAUCUCCUCCUUCCGACGUGGUAUCCCUGUGUCUCCAUGCUGCCCCCAUUCCUAAGCACAUGAGUUGGUCUAAUCCCUUUCUCCAUUGGUCACCUUUAACUCUCCAUGGCAGGCUCACUUUAAUCCCUUACACCGUGUCCUUCCCUUCUUGUGAGUUGUUUGUCAUUAACCGACGUUGUCAGCGACAGACGUGUAUCUGAGGGUGUCGUGCACGACCUUCAGCAGGGACUUCUGGGCCAUGGAGGACUGUCUAAUAAAUACAUGGACUUAUAAACUGACUGCAUGAGCAAUGAAAAGGCCAAAUUAUUCUGAUUUUUUUUGAAUCACUGUAAAAAAAAACAUUUCUUUUGUAUAGAGAACACUAAACAUAUAAUAAAAGUUGUUCAAAAUGGA